CGAGUAUCAAUUUUUGGUUUGGUUGGAUGGGAUUGAAAUAAACUCUUUCCCCGUCCUUGAAUCAAAAGAUAAACGCUCCUUCAUUUCCUAUCCCUUUCAUGUUCCUUGUUAGGUAAUUAACCCCUUGAAACAAUGGCCUCCGCCUUAGUACGUUUGAGAACGCUGCUGUCAUCAGACAAGUGCAUCCGGUGCUGCUUUCCUGAUGCGCGGUUCUUCACUUCCUCAUCCACCUACAGCCACAGCUCUUAUCCCUUUGAAAAGAUUGGAUUUAUAGGGCUAGGGAACAUGGGAUCAAGAAUGGCUGAUAAUUUGAUAAAUGCCGGAUAUGAUGUUUCUGUUCACGACAUCAACAAGAAUGUGCUGAAGAGGUUUUCUGACAAAGGAAUUCCUACAAAAGCAUCACCUAAUGAACUUGCAGAGUCAACUGAUGUUGUAAUUACAAUGUUGCCUUCAUCAAACCAUGUACUUGAUGUCUAUACUGGAGCAGAUGGUUUGCUCACCGGUAGAAAUCGAGUAAGGCCUUGGUUAUUUAUAGAUUCUUCUACAAUUGACCCUCAAACAUCAAGAAAUGUAUUUGCAGCAGUCUCUGACUGCUUUUUGAAAAAGAAGAAAGAUGGCCAGCAUGCUCCUUCCAUGCUCGAUGCUCCUGUGUCAGGUGGUGUUCUUGCUGCAGAGACUGGAAAUCUUACUUUCAUGGUUGGUGGCUUGGAAGAAGCUUACAUAGCUGCAAAGCCCUUGCUUCUGUCAAUGGGAAAAAGCACCAUUUAUUGUGGUGGAUCUGGAAAUGGUGUAACAGCAAAAGUCUGCAACAAUUUGGCAAUGGCAGUAAGUAUGCUUGGGGUAUCUGAAGCAUUUUCCCUUGGACAGUCUCUAGGGAUCACAUCAAGUACUCUCACACAAGUUUUUAAUUCUUCCAGUGCCCGCUGUUGGAGCAGUGACACAUAUAACCCCGUUCCUGGUGUAAUGGAUGGGGUGCCCUCUUCAAGGAAUUAUGAGGGAGGUUUCACGUCCAAGUUGAUGCUUAAAGAUUUAAACCUUGCCAAGGCAUCAGCUAAGAGUGUGGGUCUCAGUUUCCCUUUGGCAUCACAAGCAGAAGAAAUAUAUGCAAAGCUAUGUGAUGAUGGUUAUGAGAACAAAGACUUCUCAUGUGUUUUCCGUUAUCAUUACUCCGGAAAGGAUGAACAGCUAAACUAGAGAUUUUCAUGCAUCACUGGAUCUGGAAAAUUGGUGCUCAUCACUGAUUGUACUUCAAGCAAACCGCUGGGUCUUCCUCAUGCAAUGCUUUUAAACAAAACAGCACGUAAUAAAAUCAUUGAGCCUCUCAAGUUCAUCGGUACUAGUAGUCUAGUACUAGUAGGAAUGUAGCCAUGUAGGAUAAGAUAUUGUUGUAUUAGUUGGCAUCUUAGAAUGAAACAUUAUAUCUGGCAAUGUAUACAUCGCAAUUUAUACCGUGGGAUCGGCCCACCAUGAGCAUGGUGUGCCGAUCCCAAAACAGUAACGUUUUCUUUAUUAGUUAAAACAGGGAGUGAAGAAACCCUGAAACCUAUCGUCUUCUCCAGCGUAACUUCUAUCUCUGCAGCCAAAAAUCAAUUUCUUUCCUGACAUGAAUCCUCUUGAACCUUCC